UAAAGUGAACUUUUGAAAAAAAGAGGGACAACUUUAAACAAACCCUCCCAAAAAAGGAACCAAAAUAGAUAUUAAACCUAAAAAAAAAAUUAUGAAUAGAUGGAUACUGUAAAUAAAAAAGCAUAAUUUCUGAUCUUUAUAUAUAUCUCCUUUGAAACCUACCGUACUGAAGACAGCACCUUUCUCCCCUCUCACUGUCUUUCCCUCCUUUCAUGUCCAUCCGAGGCAUCUACUUUUAUUUUUCUUCAGCACUGAAAAUAACAGACAUUGUACCUCCACCGAGGCCCUUCCCUCCUAAAUUUCCCCAAUCAUUCAAAAACACAACCACACUCCAACCCCACCACAACACAAACCAACUCCACAAAAAUUAGCAUCAAACCACCACAUCUUAACCAUCUCUUUGUCAGAAACCACACACUAAAUCCAAUAUGCAAAUCCUCUGCCUCGCCAUCAUUUCCAUCUCUUUCCUUCUUUUUCACAACACAAACACCAUCGUCCUAGUCCAAGCCCUCACCUCACCCUCAGACAUUGCAGCCCUCAGAGCCUUCAAGGCCUCAAUCAAACCAUCCUCCAUCGCACCCUGGUCUUGCCUUGCCUCAUGGAACUUCACCACCGACCCCUGCUCACUCCCUCGCCGCACCACCUUCAUCUGCGGCCUCACCUGCACUCCUGAUUCCAAAGCAAUCAACCAAAUCACUCUCGACCCAGCAGGGUACUCGGGCACACUCACCCCCCAAAUCUCUCGACUCACACAACUCGCCACACUUGACCUCUCAGACAACAACUUCUUCGGCUCAAUCCCCUCUUCAAUCUCAUCCCUCUCCAACCUCCAAACCUUAACCCUCCGAUCCAAUUUCUUCUCAGGCCCAAUCCCUCCCUCCAUAACCACCCUCAAAUCACUCCAAUUUCUCGACUUUUCGCACAAUUCUCUUUCUGGGUAUCUACCAAACUCCAUGAACUCCCUCGCCAAACUCCGUAGACUCGAUCUCAGCUUCAACAAUCUAACCGGUUCAAUCCCUAAACUCCCACCCAACUUGCUCGAACUCGCGAUCAAGGCCAAUUCUCUAUCUGGGCCUCUCCAAAAACAGAACUUUGAAGGGAUGAACCAGUUAGAAGUGGUGGAGCUAAGCGAUAACGCCCUCACCGGUACGGUGGAGUCGUGGUUCUUCUCUCUACCGUCGCUGCAGCAGGUAAACUUGGCCAACAACACCUUCACGGCGGCCCAGAUCUCAGGACCACGCCCGGACCGUGGGGGAAUCGGCAGCCGCAGCAACCUCGUCGCACUCGACCUUGGGUUUAACAGAAUCCAAGGCUACGCGCCCGCGAAUCUCGCCUCUUUUCCCGUACUGUCAUUUUUGUCGCUUCGCUACAACGCGCUACGUGGCGCGAUCCCUCUGGAGUACGGCCAAAUCAAGUCCAUAAGGAGGCUCUUCCUCGAUGGAAACUUCCUCCUCGGAAAGCCGCCACCCGGGCUUGUCGCCUCCGGCACGGAGGUUACCGGAAGUCUGGGGGACAAUUGUCUGCAGGAGUGUCCAAGGUCGUCGCAGCUGUGCUCGCCCGCACAGAAACCAAUCUCAGUUUGCAAGCGAGCCUACAGUGGUAGACCAACACCAAUACCUGUUGUCGGUUAAAAUAAAUUAAAAAUUAAAAUAUAAAUAGAUAGGUUUGUACCUGUUUUUUUAAAAAGGUAUAUUGUAGAAGUGCCUUACUACUGAAUAAAAGAUGAUGGUAGAA